AUGGAUUCCCGACCUCAAAAUCAAGAAGCAGCGUCAGCUGGCAGAGUUCCCACCCUGAGCACGACCAGCUCCGUAACGCGAUCGUCCUCUUAUUCUGGCCCUGUCCACGAGGAUUCCACAAAAGCUAGUCAAGCCACAAAAGGGCAAGAUCAAAGCUACCAGCAGCAAAUCAAAGCGGCUUCGACUGCGCUACUGAACGACGAAAGAGUUGGAGCCGGAUCCAAAGCUGGAAGAUCACUCCAGAACGUGCUUAUGGAUACUGAGCACCGCCUCAGGGACCAGCGGAGGGAAUCAUUACACAAACGGGAAAAUAAGUGA